CCUGAUGCGCGUUAUUUGCGUUCGUUACGGUAGACCCGACGUUUCCCUUUGGUUUCAUUUUAUCCACAAUCAUCAUGACCAGAUCAAAAUGCGGGCUGACGAGUCUCGCGAAACCAUGGAUGAUUUCUAAAACCAGAAGAAGCUUUUUAUAAUCAAGCAGGACUAAAAUUAGACUGAAUCCGGAUCGUCGCGGAAGAGCGUUCAGACUCGCUCCGGAUUGUUUAUCGCGAACGCUUCGUAAACAGACGCAAGAUCGCAGUUUAAAGUUCACGCGAUUAUGACUGAAUCCCGUGUUGUCUCAGGAUAGUUCCUACAGUGCUGAAUCAUAAGCGUGUUGUCUCGUCCAGUGAGGUGCGUCAUGGCUCUCUCAGGUCUCACACUGGCCAGCUGUGGAUCCCGGCGGAUGGAGCAGCAGGAGGUGGAGGACGAGUUCACCUGUACAGGUGUGUUGAGGGGGGUGUUGCUGGCGCUGCAGCCCUCCGUCGAGCGAGUGUUUGGGGUGAAGCUGAGUAUCGGAGGAGAGGAUGGUCCAUCUGCACAGAGCGGUCAGAUCUGGCUGCAGCUGCGAGGGACUGCAGGAGACGUGCAGGCAGCUAAGCUUUUUGUGAAAGGGGUCGUCAAUCAGGAAGCUCAGCAAGAGAUCCAUUUCCCUGAAGUGCUUCACUGUGUCUUCUGUGGUGCUAAAGGGCUGUUUAUGGAUUGCCUGAUUAAAAAUACCUCUGCUCAUAUAGUGGUGCGAUCUCAAGGCAUCGUCUUCAUGACCGGACUGGCAGAACCUGUGGUGAAAGCCUAUUCUCUUAUUACUGACCUGGUGGAGAAGUACAAGAGCAGCCAGGGACGGCGCUCCGAGGCUGGACUCGAAUCCCUGGAGUCACGUCGGGCCUUCAAAGCCAUCGUGGAGAGUCUGGAGGACCGUCACACCCUGGACCUGCUGGUGUUACCUGUGCUGGUGAAAGAGGUCCUGCUGGAUUUGGUGAAGCAGUCCGGAUUGGACUCGCAUGCAAAACGGCCACAAGAGAGUCCAAUCCCUGUUGAAGUCAAUGGAGCAUGUGCGAUGCAAAGACCUGUUGGGGAAAUUGUUUCUGGAGCCUCUGGAGGAUUGAAUCGUAACGCAGAGAACUCUCAUUCCCAACAGCCUCGUCUUUUCCCACAAUCCUCACAGAGAAAUACCAGCACGGAUGAUUUCAGCAGCCAAUCCUACAAUCCGUUUUCAACACACUUUGAGAUCCCAGAGUCUCCAGAACCAAGUUUGCCACAAAAAAACGAACCCGAGACGCCACCGCAGGACACGGUCUUGUUGCCCGCAGGAAGCAGAGAAGAUUUAGACCACCUUCUCAAGUUCUUCACAGCCAUGGGAUUUGCCGAUAAUGUGGUGCAAGCCGUUAUAACUCGAACUGGCCCUAAAGAAGCCUCACAACUUCUGGAUUUGAUCCAGCAGGAGCAGGACAAAACCGACCAGCGAAACCACAGCUGUGAGUCCCAGAAUGUGGCGGGAGUUGGUGGAGGAAUGCAGGAGGCUCUUCAGAUACUAGAGGACAGUAAAGGAAAAGAGGGAAACUUUGUCUUGGACGUGUUGAAGAAUGCCGCGGCUACUUGUGGCUACACCGAGGAGAGAGUAAUGGAAUUGUUCAUCAAUCUACCCGAGCUCCAGCCACACGAGCUGCUCAUGCAACUGCAGAAAGAAGGAGAAGCCAACCGGACAAGAGGAGACAGCAAAACAGCUGAUCAGAACAUUGCUCCAAAUUCAGUGGCAGAUCUCAACACUGGAAGCAGAAAGUCAGAAGUGAGGAACGUAUCUAAACCAGUGAACAUUAACGGCAGACCUCGACCGGUGAGAGGACCGCCGCAGAUGACAUACUCCUUUGAAACCUUGGACUCUGAAGUGCAAUCAGUGGUUUCACCCGUCCGGUCACCUCCACAGACUCCCGCUUUCACUUCGCCAGAUAUCUCCAACCAAUCUGCCGUGCCCAAACCUAACCAGGGCAGACCAGGAGCGGCGUCUGUGGUCACAGGGCCUCAGCGGUUCCUCGAGAGCCUCAAGACGCCCUUCAAACUGCAGCUGUCGGACGAGCCUGGUGACCCCAUGCUUUGUCAGAUCAUCAUCGAUGGGAGCAAUGUCGCAAUGAGUCACGGUUUGGGGGUGUUUUUCUCCUGUCGAGGCAUUGCUCUGGCAGUACAGCAGUUUUGGGCGAGAGGUCAUCGUGAGAUCACCGUGUUCGUCCCUCAGUGGAGACAGAAGAACAACUCAAAGGUUAAAGAAAGGCAAUACAUGAAUGAACUCUUUGAUCUGGGUUUCCUCAAAUACACUCCAUCCAGAGAGGUCGAGGGCAAGAGAAUCAACUCAUAUGACGACCGAUUCAUGCUGGAGCUGGCACAGAAGACGAAUGGAGUGAUUGUGACUAAUGACAACCUGAGAGAUCUGGUGGACGAGUCGCCCGCGUGGAGAGACAUCAUAAAGAAAAGUUUGCUUCAGUACGUGUUUGCUGGUGAUCUUUUCAUGUUACCUGACGAUCCUUUGGGCCGCGGUGGACCUCAUCUGAGAGACUUCCUACAUAAACACAACAGUAGUUUACCUGUUCCCAGCAGUCAGUCGUUCGCAGGUGUGUCUGCAUCCUUCUCUCCUCCGCGCACACACACAGAGCUGCUGCAGUACCGGGACUGGACCCCGGGGGGUCACGGCAGGGGUCAGGAGGUCAGGGAGCGGACGGCAGAGGAGACGCUGAAGCUGCGGGAGAGUUUAGUGCAGAUGUUUCCAGCCCAGGAGAGCGUGAUUAUCAUGACCCUGCAGUGUCACCCGACCGUCAGAGACAUCAGCCGACUCACAGACCUGGUCCUGGAGCAGCAGGAGUAAACACAACAUCUGGAUCUGAACUGUGCUCAAGACAAUACAAAACUCAAGAUUUCCUUACGAUUCCACAACUGUCUUCAGUUUUAAACAUAAUGUAUACAUUCAACAAGUGUAAAUGAUUAAUAUAUGGUG